AUGUCAAUUAAAUUUAAUUUGAGGGGGCGCCCGGGAUUGAACCGGGGACCUCUCGAUCUGCAGUCGAAUGCUCUACCACUGAGCUACACCCCCACGCUCUUGGAUGGAUGGCCUGGCAUGAUUUCCUGUAGCCAGAAUACGAAAAAUGUUCCGCCAAGGCAUACAGUCUACGGGACAUGCACGCCACACUUAACCACUGCUAUCACCACAAGGAGCAUCAGUGUUAAGAAAUAUUAUAUCCUCAUAUUCAAACUGCAUAAUCACUUUGUAUUUCUUUCACCUUCAGAGUUAGUGUUGGUGUCUGAUCCCCCAUUUGGAGGGAGAAUGGAACUUUUAGCCCAUAACAUGAAAAGGAUAGAACAAGAUUGGAGAACAGCCAGACAUCUUGAUCCUCAAGAACAGUUGCCAGUGUUGUUCAUAUUUCCAUACUUUAUGGAACCUCAAGUCCUGCAUAACCUGUCAGACUUUGUGAUGCUUGAUUAUCAAAUAGAUUAUGAUAAUCAUCCACUGUAUUCAUCAGGCCCAAAGAGUAUGAAGAAUGGUUCUGCUGUAAGGGUGUAUGUAAAUCAACCUGCAUCACUAUUUUCCUUUCCUGAGAGUGAGGGAUACCAUUACUGUAAACCCUGCAAUCGAUGGGUGUUUAACAACAACAAACAUUGUGAAAAAUGCAAAGGUUGUAUGUCAAAAGAUGGUCGAACCUACAAACACUGUGACCAGUGCAGGAAGUGUGUAAAACCAUCAUGGCUUCAUUGCACCGAGUGUUCUAGAUGUCAGCCUCAAGACCACAAGUGCAAGUCUCAUGGAGUCAAUGGUUCUUCAAAAAUAACAUGCCAUAUUUGCGGGGGUUCUGACCACAAGCGCACCGAUUGUCCAAAGAAAAAGAAACGUGGAGAAUCCUUCAGCAAUGAGCAUGUUGGAAAGAAGAAAAAAAGGAGGAAACAGACCUUGCCAUCAAAUCUUACAGAAGAGAGAGAGAGAAACUUGGAUAUCUUGUCUCAGAUAAUCUCCAGCUGAUAGACUGUAAAAUGCAAGUUUUAUGUAAAAUAAAUAUUUUGAUAUAUUUGUUU